UUUACUUUCAGUUUCAUUUCUUCGUUUGCGACGGUCGAUUUGGUCCAGUUUGAUAUAUUUUUCAGCGUUGGAAAGACUUGGAAAAAAGAAAUCAUGAAAACGGUUUUGUCCUUGGUUGCUUUCUGCGUCGUGUUGGUGACCAUAAACGCAAAAGAAUCUUCCCCCAAAGUGCAGGUGUACAGCCGUAACCCAGGGGAACAUGGGAAGGACAACACCCUGAUCUGUCACGUGAGCGCCUUCCACCGACUCAGCAUCCAGCUCCUGAAGAACGGUGUGGAGAUCCCCGACGCCAAGCAGACAGACCUGGCCUUCGAACAGGGAUGGCAGUUCCACCUCACCAAGAGUGUUGUGGAUUCAACCAGCCAGCGGAGAGGAGUUCACUCUGCAGAGUCUCGUCACCUGAGGAAUCGUGAAGACCUACACCUGGGGUGA